AUGGCAUGGAUCUUGGUGCUAUUGCCACUAGCUGCAUCGGCAAUCACCGCAUCUAGCUCCUUGGUGAAGCCUGGCUGCCAGGCGCGAUGCGGCGAAGUUGACAUCCUCUACCCAUUCGGCAUCGGCGCCGGCUGCUUCCGCAGGGGCUUCCAGAUCGGCUGCAACAACAUGACCGGCGGCGGCGCCGAUAAGCCAUUCCUGACGGAUGCGAAGAUGCGCUCCGAGCCCAUACUCGUGUUGAACCUGACCGUGACACCCCGCGCGAGGGUCCGGGUGAUGGUGCCAGUGGCUUACCAGUGCUUUGACGCGACCGGUAACAUGACCAACAGAUUUGACGGCCAGCUGAGAGUCAACCCGGUGGGUGUGUACCGCAUCUCCGACACCGCCAACGAGCUCUUCGUCCUGGGCUGCGACGCGUUCAUCUACGCCGGCAGAGGAAGUCGACGACGCCAAAAUCCAGAAUCAUACUCGUAUUUCAGCGGGUGUGUGGCCUACUGCAACAGUACCAAGAGCGCGCGCGACCGAAAGUGCAAUGGCGUCGGCUGCUGCCGCGUCGGUAUCCCGCAAGCCCUCCUCGACACCAGGAUGACGUUCGGCGAUUGGCCGCAUGCAGGCAUGGACUUCAGCCCCUGCAACCACGCCUUCAUUGUGGAGAGGAAUCACUAUGUAUUCCAGGCCGCCGACUUGAAGAGGACGCCGGACCCGGCCAAGCCGUGGAGAAUGCCGCUUUGGCUCGACUGGGCCAUCCGCAACGGCAAUAACUCCUUGUCAUGCCCCCUGGCGAGAGAAUCACCGGGAUACGCUUGCGUGAGCAAGCACAGCGAGUGCGCGAAUUCCACCAAUGGGAUGGGGUAUUUUUGCAAAUGCAAGAAAGGAUACGAGGGCAACCCAUACCUUGAUAACGGAUGCACAGAUAUCGACGAGUGCAAACAGCCACAGUCACAUUCAUGCUUCGGCAAGUGUACCAACAUGGAUGGAUCUUUCGACUGCAGGUGCCGACGAGGAUUUCAAGGCAACGCCACCCAACCAUUAGGCUGUGUCAAGUCCAUACACACAGGUUUAAUCAUUGGUCUAUCAGUUUCAAGUGGCCCAAUUAUUCUACUUCUGUUUAUCGGCUCAAAGAUAAUAAUUCGCAAGCUUAAACAUCAAAAGGAACAAAAGUUGCGACAGAGGUUCUUCAAUGAAAAUCGUGGACAACUGUUGCAGCAAUUGGUAUCUCAUAGGUCAGACAUUGCAGAAAGGAUGAUCAUCCCAUUAAAGGAGCUGAAAAAGGCCACAAACAACUUUCAUCCAACUCGUAAGCUUGGUGGUGGCGGGCACGGUACCGUAUACAAAGGAAUUUUGUCAGACUUGCAUGUUGUGGCCAUCAAAAAGUCAAAUAUUGUGGUCAAGAGUGAGAUUAACGAGUUUAUAAAUGAAGUUGCCAUACUCUCACAAAUCAAUCAUAGGAACAUCGUAAAACUUUUUGGAUGUUGUCUCGAGACAGAAGUCCCUUUAUUGGCUUAUGAGUUCAUUUCCAAUGGAACCCUAUGUGAUUAUCUUCAUAAGACACCACUAAGAUCAAUACCAUGGCAAGACAUAUUAAGGAUUGCAACAGAAAUUGGCAAAGCUCUUGCUUACCUUCACUCGGGUGUUUCCGUCCCCGUGAUACACAGAGAUAUCAAGUCUACCAAUAUACUUCUUGAUGAUGCUUUGACAGCAAAGGUGUCUGACUUUGGAGCUUCAAGGCACAUUCCUAGGGAUCAAACAGGGAUAACAACAGCGGUGCAAGGAACUUUAGGGUAUUUAGAUCCUAUGUACUUUUACUGUGGCCGGCUAACAGAAAAAAGUGACGUUUAUAGCUUUGGAGUAGUUCUUGUUGAGUUGCUUACGAGGAAGAUGCCAAUUACAUAUAGAUCGUCCAAAGGUGAUGGGCUUGUUGCACAGUUUAUUGAACUACUUUCAGGAGGUAAAUUGGAAGAAAUACUGGAUCCACAGGUCAUGGAGGAGGGAGGUAGCCAAGUUGAGGAAGUAGCUGCUCUAGCUGUGUCGUGCACGAAACUAAGAGCGGAGGAGCGACCAACCAUGAGGUCAGUGGAGAUGACACUGGAGGCCCUUCAAGGACCCAAAGAGCGUGUUCGGGUUAGGGAUGAUUUACUGGCAAAAACAAAUGAGGGGAGUUAUUCGGCAAUGAGAUAUACAUCAUCUAUAAGAAGGACAAGCUCAGAGAACGUGAGUAGACAAUAUAGUCAAGAAGAAGAAUAUCUGCUGUCUGGCAGCUACCCUCGAUAG